UAGUAGCGUCCUUGCUCCUAGUAGCGAUGCCCUUGUUACUAGUGUGACCAUGGCCGUGACUGCAAGCGUCUGGGCUCCGUCAAGCGGUUCACCCGGGCGCCAUGGGAUGUGGCAGCUCGAAUGACGAAGCGAGGAGUUCCACUGGAUCGACUGCUACGCGUGGCAGCCGUAUUUCCGUUGGGGACUUUUCCAUCGAGGAGGUACAUGACACGGGUGAAGUGAACCGCGCAUCAUGGUCCUCCUGGAUUCAUCGGUCUUCUCGCAGUCGACAACCAGACAGGAAUCUGCACCAGUACUGGAUGCUCACCUUGGAUACGUUCUUGGGUGAAGUGGAGCAGCGACCCUCUCUCUUCAAGCGCAUCGUGAGCUAUCGGCGCCGAACACGCCUGGGCGAGGAAGGUGAAGGAGGGGAUGCGCCGAGGUCGUCGGCUGCACUGCUGCAAGCUCCGCAGGUCUCCCGAGAGUUUGGGACACAAAGCUCCUUUGCACCGAGCCCUCCGCCGGAUUUGGACAUCAACCAUCUCCGUCUAUCCAUGGAAUCCAAGGGUUUUGCCCGGCAAUCCUCUGCGGGUGUAGAUUCUCGACCGCCAGCUCCCAAUGCCUCAUUGGCAGUGGAUGCUAGCAGGAAGUCGGGAAAUCGUGUGUCAUUUGCAGUCGACCAUGAAGACAUCGUUGAGAGUUGUGGUUGGCAGCAGACAACAAAUGGGGAUAUCGUCGAGGUGAGACUGUAGCUGGAUUUAGGGCCAGCUUCAUCCCUCGAUGUCAGAGGAUGCACCAUUUUUGAAGCUUUCAAGUCCAACGACCGGUCCAGUGUUGGUUUCGAGCUUUCCAAAGGCGGUCGGGAAAGGACAGGAAGGAUGAACGCAUCGAUCUGCCAUGACGUCACUUUUUCCUAUUGCCACUCCUCGAUUUUUUCAGACUAUUUCAUACA